UUGAAGGAGGCGGGUCCGCGCAAGCGCACUGGCACUGAAGUGAUGGCGGCCGCUGAGCGGGCAUGGGGAGCAGCGGUCGGUGUAGCCCGGCUGUGCAGGCGGUUCUGUCACGGAGUGACCCCACACACCUUUAAGAAACAACCUCUGCACCAGUAUGUACGGAGACCACUUCUCCCGUUGUACGCACCCUUGUGUAACAAAGUACGAUUCAUGUUUAUUCAAACACAAGACACCCCAAAUCCCAACAGCUUAAAGUUUAUACCAGGAAAGCCGGUUCUUGAGACGAGGACCAUGGAUUUCCCUACACCAGCUGCCGCUUUCCGCUCCCCUCUGGCCAGGCAGUUAUUCAGGAUUGAAGGUGUGAAGAGCGUCUUCUUUGGACCAGAUUUCAUCACAGUCACAAAGGAGAAUGAAGAAUUAGACUGGAAUUUACUGAAACCAGACAUUUAUGCAACAAUUAUGGACUUCUUUGCAUCUGGCUUACCCCUAGUGACCGAGGAGACGCCUUCGGGAGAAGCAGGUUCUGAGGAAGAUGACGAAGUCGUGGCAAUGAUUAAAGAACUGUUAGAUACUAGAAUACGCCCCACUGUGCAGGAGGAUGGGGGCGAUGUGAUCUACAGAGGCUUUGAAGAUGGCAUCGUGCGGCUGAAGCUCCAGGGCUCCUGCACCAGCUGCCCCAGUUCCAUCAUCACCCUGAAGAGUGGCAUUCAGAACAUGCUGCAGUUUUAUAUUCCAGAAGUGGAAGGUGUGGAGCAGGUGAUGGAUGAUGACGAAUCAGAUGAAAAAGAAGCAAAUUCAUCUUAAAUAGUUUGUAUUUUCUUUGGCCACAACCAUUAAACUUAUCUUUACUGA